AUGGUAAGCAACUGCUCAAUGUGUGCAGAACAACAGAAUCAGCAACCAGCAGAGCCACUGAAGCCGACACUGACGCCAGAUCUGCCAUACGACAUGGUCGGUUGUGACGUUUUUCAGUUUCGGUCAGAGAAAUACUUGGUAAUUGUUAUUGUUGACUACUAUUCUAAGUAUAUUGACACUGAAAAGCUAGAAUCGGAGACAACUUCAGAUAUAACCAGUGCACUCAUGAAAGUGUUCAGCUCACACGGUAUUCCGAACACUCUCAUAUCUGACAACGGACCGCAAUUUAGUUCGUCAGAGUUCAAGACUUUCUGUGAGGAGCAUGGAAUCAUUCAUCUAACUUCCAGCCCACACUUUCAAAGCUCGAACGGGGAAGCGGAAAGAGCUGUACAGACUGUGAAACGCAUGUGGAGCAAGUCUCUGAACAAAAACUUGGCUCUGCUGGACUACAGGACAACCCCUCUGGAUGGAGUGAAUCUAUCACCAGCACAGGUUCUUAUGGGAAGGAGGCCCAGAAACUUGUUACCUGCCUCCAAAGCAGUGCUUAAGCCAAGCUCAGUUGAUCCUAAUACAGAUAAAACGCAUUUAGAUCACCAAAAACAACGCCAAAAGCUGUAUUACGACCAGCGCAGAGGGGCAAAAGAACUCGUGCUUCUCCAAAAUGGACAAAAUGUGAGAAUAAGUCCAAAUCCAAACUCACAAAACCCAGGAAAGUGGACACCAGGUAUUGUCGUAGAAAAACACGACAAGCCCAGAUCUUUCGUAGUGCAGAGUGGAAACCGCCUGUACCGACGUAACCGAAAACACCUACGACUAGCUACUGAAGGUGCAAACAACACGGCACAGUGGUCCGGACCAGACGACACACCAACGCAGACAACUGCGGAAACGCCAUCUUCUGCUCCGAACAGCCCAGCGCCAAAUCCCAAAGUGCCAGACGAACCAACGUGUACUAGUGAAUACCGUACCCGCUCUGGCAGAUCAGUGAACAAACCUCAAAAGCUUGAUUUAUAG